AUGAAAGGAGGUGGUUUCAAAGUGAGACCCACAACUCGUUGUAGCUCUGCAAUAAGAAGGCCAGCUUAAGAAAUAGCUAUUUUGGAUCUAUAUUAAUAAACAACUAUCAAUCCAAUUCCUUAACUUAUUUUAACACCAACUUAAAGAAGUCUACGACCAAGACCUAAAACUGGUAUGAGGGUUACAGAUUAAUAUUGUACAGUGGCAACUCAAGAAAAUAAGACAGAACAUUAUCUAAGACAUAAAACUGCUCAAGGUUCUUACAGAACAACUAAAUAAUCAACGAAAAUUUAAUUAGAAACCUUAGCAGAGGGUUUAUUAAAAAAAACUAGUAUUACAUAAUUAGAUACUGAUGUUCCAUAAUAAUGUGAAUAGAAAUUGAAAACUUAACCUCUAGAUCUUUUUAAGUAUAAAUAUUCAUUAUCUAAUAGGAUUUCAAGAUCUAGUUCUCAAUAAUAAGUAAAUGCAACAACUAACUUAUUACAUCAAUAAAUUUCUAAUUUAGAUAGAUAUUUAAUUUUAACUACUCUUGGUUAAGGUUCUUAUGCAACCGUUAAAUUAGCUAGAGAUAAAAUGACAGAAAAGUAUUAUUAUUCAAUUGUAUAAAUUAGGUUAAUUGCAAUAAAGAUUUAUUCCAAAGCUAAAUUAUGUAAUCAGCAAAGGAAAUAAUAAUUGAAAAGAGAAAUCCACAUUCUCAAAUUAUUAGAUCAUCCAAAUAUUAUAAAGUAUGUUAAUACAAUUGAAACAUAAAUGGAUAUUAAUUUAAUAGUUGAAUAUGGUGGUUCUAAGAGUUUAAGAUCAUAUUUGAAAGUAUACUUGAUUAUUACUAAUCUUAGCAAUUUCCAAAUAGAAGACUUGAUGAAGAUGAUGCAAAAAUAGUAUUUAGAUAAAUUGUAAAAGCUGUGGAUUAUUGUCAUUCUUUAAAUAUAGUACAUAGAGAUAUUAAACUUGAAAAUAUACUUUUAAAAGAUAAUAAUGAAAUUAAAUUGAUAGAUUUUGGAUUCUCAGUUUUAGUUAAUAGAGAUUGCAAAUUAGGAGUAUUUUGUGGAACUCCUAGGUAAUGAUCAUUAAAAUAUAAAAUUAGUUAUAUGGCUCCAGAAUUAGUCAAUAAAUAGGAUUACUUUGGUAAACCUGUUGAUGUAUGGGCUUUAGGAGUUUUACUAUAUGUUUUAUUAACAGGUCAUUUUCCAUUUAAAGGAUCAAAUGAUUCUGAUCUAUAUGGAUAAAUUAAAAAAGGAAUAUAUACAAAAGUUAAUGCAUCCCCAUAGUGUCAAAAAUUAAUAUCAUAAAUGCUUACCAUCAGAGCUAGCGAGAGAAUAACAACUUUAAGAGUAUUAAAAAAAUAAAAUUAUAGAUCUUGUAAGACAGAUGGUUCAAUUCUUGAUUUUAAUUAAUUUUAUGUAAUAAAGAAUUCGUCUUCAGUUUGCAAAGGGUCUAUAAGAAAUUUAUGGAUCAAAAUAAUCACAAUCAAGUCAAUUAUCUGAUAAUCAAGUUCAAUCUUCAUAGAUAUCUUCUUCUGCUUUUAAAACAUCAAUUCCUUAAUUUUCUAAAGAAGAAAUUGAAAAGUAUGAUUAAACUUUGAAAGAGUAAACUUAGACUUAUAAUGAGAGAAAAAAGAGAAAUGGAUAGAAACUUUAGCGUUUGACUAAGGAAUAACAAUAAUAAUUAGUAAAACUCAUUAAGAGUGAUCCUUAAUUUUAAAAUCAAUUGGCUGAAGCAAUAAUAAAACAUACUGAAAUUUUAUAAUUCAUAAAGAAGGCCAAUACAAUUAAAAUGAUGAAAUCAUUAAAUAAAACAGCAAUUGAAUUUAAAACAAAUAUGACUAAUAAAAUAUAAGCUAUAUUUCUAAAUCAUCAAAAUUAAACAUAUAAUAAGCUUAAAUAUCUAUUAUAAGAAAAAGAGAUUUUAAUGAUUAAAGUAUUAGAAUAAAAAUUAUCCAAUUAUAUAGAUAUAAAAUAAAAUUUCAAGGAUGCUUUAUUAACAUAGUUAAAAAAAGUAUUAAAAAUUCAAUUAGAAGAAAAUUGUAAGAAAUAUGCAAAAAUCUUUUCAUCAUAAUUAAUACUGAUGUAAGAAGGAAUUGCAUAAAUAAUUGGACAGCAUGUUGAACUUAAUAAAGAAAAUAAGUUUGAAUAAGAAUUAUUUUUAUAAAUUUAGAAAGUCAAAGAUUACUUUGUCAAUAGUGAAUAAUAAUAUAUUAAAGUAUUUCUAUUAUUAUAUAUAAUUAUAGCGCCUAUAAACAGAUAUGAAUGAUCAUUAUAUAAAUACAAUAUAGACUAUUGUUUAAGUUUAAUAAAAACUUAAAUUAAAUUGA